AUGCUCGCGUCCCUCGCAAUCGCAUCCCUCUUGUCGGCCGCCGCAGCCAACGCAGUCCCCUGUGUCCAGUUCGACGCGUCCUGGAAUUUGUACGCCUUUGGCGGAGACUCGGACGUCAGAAUCGGAGACAACACCACCUGGAGCUCCCCUAGCACGACCACUUUGACUACCUCUGGUCGACCGCCAUGGACAGGCAACAACACCCAGUGUAUCCUCUCGCAGACCAACAAUGCCAUGGUCGUGCUCGGCGCCGACAGCAGUGAUUUGAGCUCUGUUUAUAUUUACGACUUUUCUGGCGACUCGUGGUCGACACAAACCACCUCGAGCGCCCCGUCAGACCUCGGCAACUCCAGGUCGUCCUCCGUGUAUGACCACGACACCAGCGUCAUCUUCACCUUGACCACCGGGUCCGGCCUCUACCAGCUCGAUUUGAGCAGCGUCACCACCUCCGCGUCCAGCGAUGCCGUCGCAUGGGAAGCCGUCGAGGACUCUAGCUUCAGCGUUGACGGCUAUACCGUCACGGCUGCCACCGCUGCCAACCACAUCUUCUACUUUGGCGUUCCCGACACGGCUGCUGGCUCAGCCAACGUCUUUGUCGUCCACUAUGCGUACUUCCAGCCGGACGCCCAGGCGUUCAGCGGUACCGCGUUCCCCGAUACUGCUGGUCAGGCCAUCUCCAUCCCUAGCUCCUCCAACGAUGUCCCUUACUCUAUGGUGUUCAUCCCCAACGAUUUCUCCAACACCUACAUUGCCACGCACUGGACCAACCUCGGCGACUACUCGUCUAUGGAUGACGUCCCCUUCUCCACCGACUUGAUCAAUUCUACCCAGACCCUUGCUGCUCCUACCUCCCAGGACGAGACUGCCUCGUACGCUGCCUCCCCCGGCGCCAUCGUGCAGAUCAACGCUGCCGGCGAGAUCUACUACCUCUCCAACCCCAUCAGCAGCGACUACACCGUCUCUUCCAGUGCGUCUUGGUCCAGGCUCGACUACACGCUCUCUGGUACUGGCGGUACCGUCUCGAGCAGCAGCAACUCUUCUUCUUCCGCUUCUGCUUCCAGCUCUGCUACUGGAUCUGCUGCUUCCGGCUCUUCGAGCGCGAGCGCUUCCGCCAGCAGCAGCUCCAGCUCCAGCUCUGGUGCUCUCCAGGGUAUUGUGUCAGGGAACCUUGCCAGCUUGGCUUUGGGCGCUGUCGCCCUCGGUGCUGGCUUGUUCAUGUAA